CGGUUCCCCUGAAGGAACGGCUUGAUGAAUGACGCACUGACAGGAUGCCAGGGUUCGAGAGUAGCUCUGGGGUCAUGACCUCUGAUCAGUCAGUACUGAAUGCCCUGGAAUAGUUCUGCGGCUCCCCUGAACAGACAUAUGAGGAGUUUCUGGCCUCUUUCACUCACUUGACCUCAGAUGACGUGAUGGAUGGACAUUUAACUCUGGCCUGGGAACUUGACAACACAUCCCACGGAGAGAGAGAGAGACAGGGGGAGAGAGGAGCGAAAGAUGGAGGGAAAGAGGGUAGAGGAGAGCUGCGGGGUUAUGCUGAACAGGAGAAUGAAGAGGAGUUAACACUGGACACUGGUGCUACUGUUGGAAGACUGAGUGAAGGAGAGGCUCCAAGGCUACCUGUAAAGUUUGACAACUAUGUGGGUGUCUGUGAUAAGAGCCAAGAGGAACACUCGGUGAAUGCCUCUCAAGAUGUGUGUGUGUUACCGGGAGAAGUAGAAGAUGACCUGCCAGUCUACACCGCCUCUUUCUGUCACUACACCCAGCUGGAGUUGACGUCCACAGCAAGAGAACCUAUCACACACAGCCCGCAGAGCACCGAGGAAGGCAAAACUGAAGAGGAGCUGGUGCUGCCUUUCUGUCUAGAUGAAAACUUUGACUAUGAUAAUGUUGUGCUGUCGCGAAAACAUCCCCUGAAAGAGAGCGCCAGUGGACCACGGCGAUAAACAAACUGAUUACUUUGGAAUCACCAGAGGACAGGCAAAUGAAUGUCCAAAGCACGGAACAAUCCUUAUUCUGUUUACUCGCCCCAUUGUAUUCAUUUUUAUUAAAUCUCCCUCUAUGAGCAGACAUCAGAUACCAGCUCAUUACUAUUCCCAGUGAUGUCAGAGCAGUGGGGUCUCCUCUGUGGCCUUUUUUCACACGUGGCCAUCUCACAUCUGCAGAGUGUAUCAUUCUGCAUCUCCUCUCUUGACUGGUUUGAUUUUGUUUCCAGAAGACGGUGUUGGAGUGUAUAAAGGAUGCUAAUUGUAGGUUGAGGCUUCGCUGCGUCCUGGUGGGUGGCCGAGCGUAAUUACGGUGAUUCCGCGAAGAGAAUGUGGUGGGAUGCUGUGGACCGGCGCCGUAUCGCAGAAACACAGAACUAAAGCCCGCCAGGGUCCGCGCCAAGAGUGGCCGCUCUGUUUGCCCAGUAUAAAGAACCGGUGACGUGCUGCUUUUGUGGACGUCCCGCGGGGAAAGCACUUUGGAGUGGAAAUAAUCUCGUGUCCUUACAAGCCAAGUCUUACUGUGCUUUAUUCACUGGAACAAAAGGCUGUGUGU